AUGCCAUCAGAGGGCGACAUUGUUGAUAUCGUAGCUAAAACAUCUUAUGUUAGCACACUUUUGAGUUUGGUACAGCAAGCUGGCAUUGCUAAUGCCCUGAAAGGUGACGCUUUAAACGUAUUUGCUCAAAUUAAUGAUGCUUUAGCACGCUUACCCAGCUCCGACAUCUCUAAACUUACCAACGAUAAAAAUCUUCUUACAGAAGUGUUAGAGUAUCACGUGGUACCACACACCGAAUAUUCAGCUGAACUGUUCAACAGAGAAUACCUAAGAACAAUUGAUAGAAUCAAUGACAGAUUGAGAAUUCACUUUGAUGGAGGUUAG